UUCUCAAUUUCUCAUUGCAGAGCCAAUACAAAUAUACCUCGAAAAAUCACUAAAUGGAAGGUGCAAGUGUGGUGGCAACAACCAUUCUCAAUCCUCAAGCAGCCGUGGGAGCAAUGCUUGAACAUUUCGCAGAGAAUUUAAGCCACCCACAGCAAUAUUACGAGAGUCAUGAACCCCAUGCACGAUUGGCGGCAGCCGCAAUUGCCACAACAACACUACCAAAUAUAGCACUGUCACGUUUGGCGCAAGUUCUCACAAUAACACAAAAUUUAACGGAUAAUACCACAAUAUAUCCUUAUCUGCCAGACACGUUAGACACAACACUCACACCGUCAGCAACGAGUAAAGAAGUUUUCUACACACAUGCGCCACAAUUCUCCACCACCACGCUGAUAAAGGUCUGUGUGCUGGGUGUGAUGGCGAUUUUCUCACUCUUCGGCAAUAUGCUCACCAUGUGGAACAUCUAUAAGACACGCUUCAAGCGGCGUAGCUUGCGCAACUCUUGGAAUGCCAUCUAUUCGUUGUUAUUUCAUCUAUCGAUCGCCGAUUUGCUUGUAACGGGUUUCUGUAUUAUCGGCGAGGCGGCCUGGGCGUACACGGUGCAAUGGCGUGGCGGUGAUCUCUUGUGCAAAUUCUUCAAGCUCUUCCAGAUGUUCAGCUUAUAUUUAUCCACCUAUGUUAUGGUGCUGAUCGGUGUGGAUCGUUGGUUUGCGGUGAAAUUUCCCAUGCGUUCGUUAUAUAUGACCAAGAGAUGCUAUCAAUUUCUGGGCAUUGUCUACAUGUCUUCGUUCAUAUUGAGCAUACCACAGUUUUUCAUAUUUCAUUUAUCGCGCGGCCCGUUCAUCGAAGACUUCCAUCAAUGCGUGACGCAUGGCACCUACACGGCACCCUGGCAGGAGCAGAGCUACACCACAUUCACGCUAUUCAGCACAUUUCUGAUACCCUUUUGUGUGCUCACCGUCACCUACAUUUCCACGUUCCGGGCAAUUUCACGAAGUGAAAAGAUAUUUUUGGGCCCGCAACAGGAGCCGCACACGAGCGCCAAUUUAAUGCACACGAAUCGACAACGGCUCAUACACAAGGCGAAAAUGAAUUCGCUGCGACUGUCUUUUGUGAUAAUAAUUGCAUUUCUCAUUUGCUGGGCACCCUACUGUACGCUCAUGGUGCUGCUACAGUUUGUCGACAUCGACGAUGCGACUAGCAAAAGAUUAAUUGAUGGCAUAUUCUUCUUUGGCAUGUCUAAUAGUCUGGUGAAUCCUCUCAUAUACGGCGCCUUCCAUCUACACACCAUAAAGAGUAAAUCGAGCGAUAAAGGCGGAAACGGGGGCUAUAGUCUAAAUAGAGCCGACUCGCAGCGUAAUCCAUCCAUGCUAACGGCUGUUACACAAAUCGACGGCAGCGGACGCAGCACACGCGUCAACCGACAGCCCAGCUAUUAUCGCGCCCAACACAAUUUCAGCAACUCCAGCAAGGAGCAGGCCAGCCUUCUGCAGAUGACCCCCACCACCGCCAUCGUGCAUAAAUUCAAUUCGAACUCUGAACGCAGUUCAGUGGGUUCAUCGCCGCAAACCUGCUCCACAAAUUUUACACGCAGCGAGAUGGGCGACCACGAACACGAGAGCGGCUGCGAAGGGAGCGGUGGUGGCGGCGCUAAGCGCGAUGCAAAUUCACACAGCACCACGGUCGUGUAUAGCUUUAAGAAGCCAGCCAUUUUGCGCGCACAAAGUUUCGAGGCAUUAGCAAUUGCGCCGCCCAAUAAUCGUAUGCAAGCGCCGAAAGCUGCGCCACCUGUGUCCGAGAAUGGCUUCCAUCGGUCGGUGUGUGUGUUGAGCUUGGAAGAUUGUAAGAUAUGCGCCGAUGAGCAUAUCUCUAAUGUGUAAGCGAGUGUCUGUGGAGGGGAGUAUGUGUGUAUGUGGGGGAUUUGCAUACAAAAUACUUUUCGAAAAAGUUCCUUAUUUAAAUAACACAUCCGGUUAUGUGUUUGUGUGUACAUAACUGCUUGUUUACGUAAGUAUAUAUGUAGUUAUAUAUUUACUUUCUCCGACAAUAUGCUUUAUGUGUGUGUAUGUAUUGAAUAGGAUUAUGUACAUAAAAUGUAAAGUAAAAACUUUUGUUAUUUUGCAUAAUAGUAGGGAGUACUUAGGUUAUAUUACAAGUAUAUUUGGGCGUCUGCGGCAAUAAGGAAGCAAAAUAUGAAAGUUGUGUAAAUUUAAAAAUUAUGUACAUAUGUACAUA